GAUAAUCUGUACAACGCGACUACAUAAGAAAGAAACAAACAAGCAAAAAUAAUAAACAAUGCCUAGUAGAACAGCUUCAUUAAAUUUACUUCGAAAAUGCGAAUAUGUUGCAUCUGGUCAGAUAGGCUCAUGCCGAAAAUCUAUGCUUACACGUGAGACAUUACAACGGCCUAAACUAGGCGAACCGUUAACACGUGGACGACCUAAACAACCGAAGAAUUUCACUUAUGGUAAACCGUAUAAAUAUUAUCCGAACGGGAUUAUUGAAUGCUUAACUUGGCCAAGUGAUGAAGACACUAAGACUAGUAUUGAUUCUGAAUGUCUGCCUAGAGAUUUCCAACGAAUCAAUGUUGAAUCAGUGAAAGAAGGCAUACAUCCAGUACCUGAUUGGCUAAGAUUUGCAAAUGAGAAAGAUUAUCGAUUGAAUGCUACUAAGCGCGUAUUAGGACGCUUGAAGAAGCCUAAAUUUCCGGAAAAUAUGUGCUUUGGUAAACCAUAUCGUCCACCGACACCAAUGGCUUGUGUAAUGUCGCAUGAAUAUAAAAAUCUAUGGGAUCAGCAAGCUCUGGAACGCAACAAAGAUCGUAUGACUCAGUUGGCAAGAUCACAAAACGAUAUCCCUCAACCGCUGGACUCAACUGCGUCCAUUUUAAAUAUAGUACCAAUUGAAUGGAAUACAAUGUCAAAACACGAGGAUUUAGCACCGUACAAAAAACUAUGGAAGAUGCCAAGAUUUACUGGUGAAAAACAGCGUAUAAAAACAUAUUGGUCUGAACGUCAAAUACGUCGAAGUUGAUGUGUAUAUUAAAAAGAGAUAAUGAUAAGAUUAAAUCAAUAACUCCCAUAACAUUAUUAUUUCAAAGUGUAAACACGAUAACCAGUGUUGUGAAGUGUAAAUUCAUCAACUGCCUGAUACCUGAUGGAAAAACAUUCACUUUACUCCUUUUGCG